AUAAUGAAACUCUUAAUUACAGUGGUCGCAAUCAGUUUAAGUUGUGGUAGCCAUGCCGACAACAUUCUCGUGUUCUUGCCUACCCGAUUCUGGAGUCAUUACAUCCAAGUAGAGCCAAUAUUUCAUGCCCUGGCAAACCGUGGCCACAAUGUUACCGUUGUUAGCCCAUUUUCACCGAAGAAUCAGACGGACAAUUUUCGACAUUACUUCCUGUUGGCAGAGAUAUUUCAACAGGGUAAUAAAGACGAUCUUCUCCGCGAGUUCUUAGAACAGAGGCGCCUCAAUACACCAUUCCUUUAUGAAUUAAGGGAAAUCAAUUUGGGCAAAACGAUGGGUGACAUUAUUAUACCGCAGGUUCUCGAGUCUCAAGUUUUCCAAGAUCUAGUUCAUGGCGAUAACAAAUUCGAUUUGAUCUUCACGGAGGCGUUCAUGUGGCAGGAGGCUCUGGUCAUCCUAGGACACCUCUUCAAAGCCCCCGUGGUGACGUAUUGUAGCUACGGUUAUGCACCAGCAAUACUUCGGCACACCGGCCUGACGAAUUCUGUUGCGUAUUUGCCACUGAGGCAUUUUCCGUAUGUUGGCCAAAUGAGCUUUCUCCAGAGAAUGGAGAAUGCAUUGACCAUUUAUGCACAGAUGCUUUACGAUGAAUAUUGGUACUACCCACAGCAUGAUGCCCUGCUGGCCAAACAUAUUCCAGGUCCACUUCCUCGCAUCACGGAUAUGCUCCGGAAUAUCUCGCUAUUUUUUCUGACCGGCAACACAGCUUUGGACGGGGCUAAAUUGUAUCCUCCGCAUGUUGUUGAGCUAUCGGGCGCACACUUCAAGGAACCUGCGCCCUUAGACAAGGAAUUGAAACAUAUCAUGGACACAGCUGAAAAAGGAGUUGUUUACUUCGCUUUCGGAUCAGUAGUGAAAGCGAGUUUACUUUGUAACAUGACAGUCCAGGCAUUUUUAACGGUAUUUAAAGAGUUGGGCCAGAUAAUACUAUGGAAAUCAGAUAUGAACCACACAGCCUUUGAUAUACCAAAGAAUGUUUAUAUCAGGGAUCACUUCGACCAGAUAAGCAUCCUUGCACAUCCAAAUUGCGUUCUGUUCAUAACCCACGGUGGGGUGUCAAGCAUGAUGGAGGCAAUACGCUACGCCAUUCCAAUUAUAGGAGUGCCCUUUUUCUCAGAUCAAGACAAUAAUGUAGCCAAUGCGCAGCAUUUUGGAUAUGGUCUGCGUCUGCCAUACUCAAAUGUAACAGAGGAAUCUUUGCGUUGGGCGAUUCAAACAGUUCUAAGAGAUCCCAGGUUCAAGAAAAACAUAAGCAGGGCCUCAAGAAUCUUCACGGACAAACCUGUGUCAUCUUUAGACACGGCUAUCUACUGGAUAGAAUACGUUAUACGGCAUAAUGGUGCCCAUCACCUAAAACCCCUAGCAGUUUACAUACCGUGGUAUCAGUUAUUCUUAAUCGACGUUAUUGUAAUAUAUUACGCCACGUUUUGCAUGGUGUUAUACAUUCUUGUGAAACUAUUCUCAUUUCUAUCCAGGAAACUUUUCUUCACACCUAAAUUAUUGAAAGAAAAAAUAAACUAG